AUGGAACAGCAGCAACACAGCGUUUCCUUGGUUACCGCUGUAAACAAAGCAGCGCUUACAGUGUCAGAAAGACGAUUAGUGCUCCUGGGAAAAAGUGGUGUUGGCAAAAGUGCAGCUGGAAACACAAUACUGGGACGGAAAGAGUUCACAUCUGCAUUGACUUUAUCAUCAGUAACCCGUGAAUGUUCAGCUGCUCACACCACUGUUUCAAACAGAUCUGUGACUGUAGUUGAUGCUCCUGGAUUCUUUGACACAGAGAUGACACAUGAAGAGUCAAUGACAGAGAUCAUGAAAAGUGUUGAUUUAUCCAAUCCUGGACCGCACGCUUUUCUCAUUGUGUUUAAUGUAAAUGCAAGGAUCACUGAGCAGGAGCUACAUAUUAUUCAGAUGAUUGAGAUGAUGUUUGGUCAGGAGGUGUUAAAAUACUCCAUCAUUCUCUUCACUCAUGGAGAUCAGCUAGAUGAUGUGUCCAUAGAGGAAAUCAUUAAGUGGAGCAGUCGAUUAAGAGAUUUAGUUGAUCAGUGUGGAGGUAGAUUUCACGUCUUCAACAACAGAGAUCAGAAUAACAGAGAGCAGGUGAAUGAUCUGCUGCAGAAGAUUGACACAAUUGUAAAGCAGAAUGGAGGAGGACACUACAGUAAUCAGAUGCUUGAAGAUGCUCAGAGAAGAAGAGAGGACACCAAAAGAGAAAGAGGAGAGAAAACAGCAACAAAAACAAAGUCAGGAAAGUGUCUGUAGUUGAUACUCCUGGAUUCUUUAACACACAGAUGAAAACUGAAGAGU